GCUUCUAGAUAGCUUCUUAUUGGUUAAACCGAAUUUGAAUUUAAAUAGUUGGGAAAUUCAAAAUGUUCGAAAGAUAUCAGCUAGUUGGAGAAGUUAAUACAUUUAAAUAUUGUUUUACGCAUUAUUUAUUAUAAGUAAAAACUUAGUAUUAUGACUACUAAGAAGAAGGAAGAGAUCUCAACUAGAGAAAUACCCGAAUUUUUGAUCGAUCCGACGACAAAAAAGAGGUAUUCACGUGGACGAUUCUUAGGAAAGGGUGCCUUUGCAAAGUGCUAUGAACUUAUUAAUGUGGAAACAAAAGAAGUCUUUGCAGGGAAGAUUGUUUCUAAGGCUCUUCUGGUUAAAGAUAAUCAAAAGCAGAAAAUGUCUCAAGAAAUAGCUAUCCACCGUACACUUGUCCACAAGCACAUUGUCACCUUCCAUAGUUUUUUUGAAGAUGCGAAUAAUGUUUACAUAAUUCUAGAACUUUGCAGAAGAAGGUCAUUAACGGAGAUGCACAAGAGAAGAAAGGCUAUAACAGAACCAGAAACGCGAUACUUCCUUCGACAAAUCCUACUCGCCUGCAAGUAUUUACAUGAAGAGAAGAUAAUUCAUCGAGAUUUGAAGCUUGGUAAUCUGUUCCUUAGUGAUGAAAUGGAAAUAAAGCUGGGCGAUUUUGGUCUUGCCACUCGGGUCGAUUAUGAUGGAGAGCGGAAGAAGACCGUAUGUGGAACACCAAAUUAUAUUGCUCCAGAAGUUAUUAGCAAGAAAGGACAUAGCUUUGAAGUUGAUGUAUGGUCUAUCGGAUGUAUAUUAUAUACUCUUCUGGUUGGAAAACCACCCUUUGAGUCAUCACAUCUGAAAGAUACGUAUUUGCGUAUUAAGAAGAAUGAAUACCAUAUUCCUUCAAAGAUAAGUCCAGUGGCACGCAUUUUAAUCCAGAAGCUUUUACGUUCCGAUCCUGCUCAGCGUCCAUGUGUCAAUGAGAUACUUUGUGACGAAUUUUUGAGCGUGGGCAUCAUGCCCACUCGAUUACCCACUUCUUGUUUAACUAUGGCUCCAAGAUUUGAACGUACAAAGUCUCAGGUGGACAAAUCUUCAAUUCCUCUGCCAGCUAGUAGAAAACCACUAAUCGAUGUCAACAAAGAGGAAUUGCAUACAGUUAAGCCACAAAGAGAAGAAUUGUUAUCAAUUCCAAAAGAAGAAAUAGUAUCAGAGAAUGAUGAGAAUGAAGACAAAGCAGUUAAAGCUCCAGGCAAUGUUCCACCUGAUUUCUAUCUCAGUGAUUUGUUUGUCAUGCUGACUUCUGUAGUUGCAUCAAAACCAGCAGAAAAAGCAGUUAUCCAACUAGAUGAAGCAGAAGAUCCAGCCGCUGUUCCAAUAUUCUGGGUCAGCAAGUGGGUGGAUUACACUGACAAAUAUGGUUUAGGUUAUCAGUUGUGUGAUAACAGUGUUGGUGUAUUAUUCAAUGAUAACACUAGGAUAAUUCUUUUAACUGAUGGCCAAAAUUUUCAUUAUAUUGAAAGGAAUGGCAAUGAGUAUUUCUACACACUUCAAGAUUAUCCUCAAACUAUUUCUAAAAAAGUAACACUGCUGAAAUAUUUUCAAAAUUACAUGAACGAACAUCUAUUAAAGGCUGGUGAAAGCAUUGUACCACGCGAAGGUGACGAGAUUUCUCGUCUUCCGCAUCUACGUGCCUGGUUUAGAACAAAAAGUGCAAUUGUUCUCCAUCUAGCAAAUGGAACACUUCAGAUCAAUUUCUUCGACGAUCACACCAAGAUCAUCUUAUGCCCAUUGAUGGGUGCUGUGUCUUAUAUAGAUGGAAAAAGAGAUUUCAAAACUUAUCGUCUCAACUUAAUUACAAAGUAUGGAUGCACGCGUGAAUUGGCAUCUAGGUUACGAUAUGCCAAAACAAUAACAGAGAGGUUGAUGGCGACUAAAUCAGGAUCUGUCAAGGGAAGGCCGUUGUAAUUUUUUUUAAAUCCAGUUUUUCUUUUGAGUCUUGUUUGGUGACGCUGUAACCAAUUUUAUAUUGUAGUAUUUCAGAAGGAAAAUUCAAUGUAUUUGUCUCUGAAUUGUUUAAAAAAUUUGAAGAAACACUUUUGUUACAGAAGUAUUUAUUUUUCAUGCAUUUUGGUAA